AAUAUGUUGUUAAUUAGCAGAGAAGAGAGAAAUUUGAAAUCAAUUUAGUUUGAUUUGUAUAGUAAUAAAGUGCGGGUGCAGACGUCACCACAAAACCUAGUUUGAAGUAACGCAACAACAAUACAAAAACGCAGAAGAAGAAGAAGAAGAGCAUCGCACCAGCAGCAGCAUUAGAAAAGACAAAGGGUAACUACGACUGCUGGUAAAUACAGUAAACAAAUGUCAUAGCAGAUAACGUAGACAAAGCAAAAAAAAAAAAAAACUACAAAAGGAAGCAAAAAAAAAAAAAGAGUUGACCACUCACACACACAGUGAGCACUGUAAACCCGAUACAACUGCAAUUUUGCAGAAAUCAGCGAUAAAAAAAAGAAAAAAAAAGCACUGAACAACGACAACAACAACAGAAACAGUAAUACAACGACCUAACAAAGCGACGGACCAGCACGGUCACUGGUCAUCGAUCAACUGCUGCUGAAUCAUGGCUCGGGAGGACGAAGAACGUAUAGUGGACAAUGAACAAGUGGUACCGGGUGGUCCGGACACGGACGUUGACGAGGAACGAAGGAUAACUAAUACGCAGGACAAUGAGUUGAACUUGCCAUCGGGUGGAUGUUGUAUGCCUUCAAGUACCAUGCAUCGCUUUCUUGCCUUGAUCUUUAUGUGCCUGCUGGGAUUUGGAUCAUAUUUCUGCUACGACAGUCCAGGAGCCCUACAAUCGGAUUUCAAGCGUGAUUUGGACUUAAGUUCGACACAAUUCACUCUGAUUUAUUCCAUUUACUCAUGGCCGAAUGUCGUUCUGUGCUUCCUUGGUGGCUUCCUGAUUGAUCGUCUCUUUGGCAUACGAUUGGGUACUAUUAUAUAUAUGGUGAUAUUGCUGGCGGGUCAAUUGCUAUUUGCCACCGGAGCAAUUUAUGAUGCCUUCUGGCUGAUGAUAGUAGGACGAUUUAUCUUUGGCAUUGGAGCCGAGUCCUUGGCUGUGGCCCAAAAUAGUUAUGCUGUGUUGUGGUUCAAGGGUAAAGAGUUGAAUAUGGUGUUUGGUCUCCAGCUGUCGGUGGCACGAUUCGGAAGCACUGUGAACUUUUGGGUUAUGCAACCUAUAUACAAUUAUGUGAGUGGUUUAUAUAAUGCCAAGAAUCAUACAGUCUUGGGUAUGGUUCUACUCCUGGCCACUGUAACCUGUGUGAUGUCAUUCCUGUGCUCUCUCAUUUUGGGCUGGAUGGACAAGAGGGCUGAAAGAAUACUGCAAAGGAAUAAUAAUCCAUCGGGCCAAAUACCGAAACUAACCGAUAUCUUCACCUUUAAACCACCAUUUUGGAUGGUUUCCAUCAUUUGUGUGGCGUACUAUGUGGCCAUUUUCCCAUUCAUUGCCUUGGGACAGAAAUUCUUCAUGGAUCGAUUCAAUUAUACAGAGGCCCAGGCCAAUACAGUUGACUCUUUGGUCUAUCUCAUUGCGGCAGUCUCGUCACCGAUCUUUGGAUUCGUUAUUGAUAAAAUGGGUCGGAAUGUCACAUGGAUUUUUAGCGCGACCAUUUCAACGAUUUUGGCUCAUUCCCUGCUAACAUUCACCCAAUUGAACCCCUAUAUUGGAAUGGUUAUAAUGGGCCUGUCCUAUUCCAUGCUGGCUGCCAGCUUGUGGCCAUUGGUCGCCCUCAUUAUACCAGAAUAUCAACUUGGCACUGCCUAUGGCUUUUGUCAAUCUGUACAGAAUCUCGGUCUGGCCGUUAUCACCAUUCUCGCUGGCAUUAUUGUCGAUCACAGCAAUGGCGAUCACAUGUGGGUGCAGUUAUUCUUCAUUGGCUGGCUGACCAUUGCCCUGAUAUCCACUGGUGUCAUCUGGGCAUACAAUAACAAACAACGAGGCAAUCUGAAUAUGACGCCGGCGCAACGGGCGGAGUUCGUUAGUGUUCAGCAUUAUCAGCAUUUCGAAUAGAGGGAGGUUUGAAUGAACGAAUGAAUGUGAGAGAAUAUGAUUCACAGGGGCAGCCGCAUUGAAUUGGUUUUAUUUUUCAUUCUGUAUUGAUUAUGAUUAAUUAACUAUAUAUGUAUAUAAGAAUACAAAAAGUUGUUCUCGAUAUGAUAUGAUCUAAUCUGAUCUUUAUCCGUGAUGAUGUCUAUAAUUAGAAUGUAUUGUGAUGGUAUUUACGAAUUGCAAUUGUUUAUUUUCCGAUAGAGAGAAAAAAAGAAAUUUAAUUCAUUUUAUGAUUAAAAAAUAUUAUAAAAAAAAAACAAAAAAAGAAACAUAAUCAAAAUACUAUAAAAAUUUUAAUAAUUUUACUUUUACGCAUAUGUAUUUUUAGACCAAUUUAUACAUUGUACAAUUAAAAGAUUAAUAUCUAACUACA